UAGGAACAGGCCUUCGAUAUUUUGAAUCACCUUUACAUGGAGCACAAAGAUGAUGACGAUGAUGAUGUGUCUUUUGCCAAAUGGAUGAGCAGCUUCUGGGGUCACAGCUGGAUAGAGGAGGAUGAGAGAGGACUCCGGGACCGCCAUGGAUCACAGAACUCCAGUUACAGGAAAACCUCCCUGCCCUGCCCAUUUCCUGUGCUUCCCAGCAUGAUGUCGUCUGACAGCCAUCCUAGAAGUCAUUCUUAUGAGGACCAGGGAUUUCAAUGCCAUACUCACGUGCGGGAUUACAGAAAAUACUCAGAGGAUGGGUCAUUCAAGGAGCCCCUGGAAUCAAAAAGAAGAUCCCAUUCCAAAAUUCAGGCAUUUUCAGAGUCCUUUGAACAGCAACUCUGCUUUAGAACCAAACGCUCUGUCUCUUCGGGACCUGAGAGCAGAAAGGAGAGAAAUGAGAGAGAAUACCGGGCACUGGAAAUGAGGUCUUGCAAGAAAGUGGAGGAAAGAAGGAGCUCUGGGAAGGAAGAGUGUGGAGAAGCUUACCUGCCCGCCCUGUCUGAAAAGGGGCCCAAAUAGUACUUUGUUUCCACACCAUGACUACUGAUGCUGCUGUGUUUUUCUGAGCCCCAAUU